AUGGUGUCUUUUGACUAUAAAACGGCAGUUACGACACUUCAAGAAUUGCGCAAGAGCGGAGAAAGAAAGUCCGAACUUGUUGUUUUUUUAGGCGAAAGUCUGAUUAACCGAGGUUACACGGGUAAACUUGGCGAUGAAGUUUGGUCGGUAUAUGAACAGAUAUUCAUCGCUGCGCUUGAUUUAGAAAAUGAUCAAUUAACCAUUAAAUGUCUAGAGAACUUAAAUAAAAGAUUCCCAGGAUCGCCUCGCGUAAAGAUAUUGGAAGGAAUGAAAUUAGAAGCUGAUGAUAAAUUAGAUUCCGCUUUAGCUUUAUAUGAAGACAUUCUAAAAGAAGAUGAAGCAAAUAUAGCAGCAUCAAAACGUCGAAUUGCGGUAUAUAAAGCCAAGGGACAGGAUGGUCAAGCAAUUGAUGCAUUGACGCGAUACCUUGAUGCGGUUUAUAAUGACGCGGAGGCAUGGCUUGAAUUAUCAGCCUUGUAUUUGAAUUAUCAUUUAUAUCAACAGGCAGGAUUUUGUCUUGAAGAACUUAUUUUACUUCAACCGCAAAAUCAUUUUUAUCAUCUUAAAUACGCUGAAGUUUUAUACACUAGUGAUAAUAUCCCUGUUGCCUUAAAACAAUUUUGCCGUGUGUUGGAAUUAUGUGAAGAUAAUAUUAGGGCGCUAUGUGGAAUUAAAUUGUGUACGUCUCGUCUACUAAAUCUGUCAAAUAUUUCAAAUGCGUCAACUUCGAAUUCCGUUUAUCUUGAAUCGAAAACGAUUUCUGAUUUGAAUGCGUUAGCGGUGGAACGUUUAACUGCUAUAUAUUCAAAAAAUCAACAUGGUGGAAAAACCGCGAUUGAAAUAAAAAAUGUCGUGAUCGAUUGGCUGAGCCAAUCUUAA